AUGUGUAAUGUGAUGAUCACUGUGAACGACACUAAUGACGAGGAGCCAGAAUUUCAGCAGAGUGAAUAUAAGUUCAGUGUAGGAGAAAAUCAGGAUAGUGGGACAGAAGUCGGGGUAGUGAGAGCCGUGGACAGAGAUUCUAACUCAGUUCUGUCGUACUCAAUAAAACCAGUGAAUGAGAAUUUCUCUGUGAAUUCUUCAUCAGGAAUUAUCACAACACGGAAAAAAUUUGAUUAUGAAAGCAAAGCAUCGUAUAACUUCACUGUUAAUGUCAGUGACGGUAAUCACACAAACACCACUUCUGUUUACGUGGAGAUCAGAGACAUGAAUGACAACGCCCCCGCCUUCAAUGCUUCAGUAUACAAGGCAUACAUUCCAGAAACUGAUGUUAACAAGGUUAUCUUGAAAAAUAUCAGUGCUCUUGAUGCCGACAAAGGCCAGACAGUAACAUACACCCUGGAAAACUACAAAGAAUUGUUUUCAAUAAACAGCACUACAGGAGUCCUCUCCUUAAUGAAUGAUAAUAAGACGCUGGAUUACGAGAGUCAGCAGACAUAUGUAUUGUCACUGACAGCCAAAGAUGAUGGUGACCCUCCUCUGUCAGGGGAGGCUACUGUGGAGGUACACCUGACUGAUGUAGAUGACACCUGUCCGGUCUUCACGAGGCCUGUGUAUACAGUGGCUAUUAAAGAAAACAAAACAUACCCCAGCAUCCUGCAGGUUUCUGCACAAGAUAAGGACACACCUCCAAACAAAUUAGUGUACAAAGUAAAAAAUAAUGAAAAGUUUACUUUUAAUGGAAGUAAACUAGUAAUGAAAGAAAACACUACCCUAGAUGUAGAUAAUCACCAGCCUAAAGUUAUUAAUGUUACAGUUACUGUCACUGACAAUUCUGCCAUACAUAACUGUAGCAACACAUCUACAAUCCAAAUAACAGUGGAGAACAUCAACGACAACCCACCGGUGAUUGACACAAGCUCCUGUGUGCAGCCGAUAGCUCAGAACUUCUCCGGAACUGUAUGCAAUGUUAGUGCUUCUGAUGCUGAUCUGAACAGUGGAGAUUUUACAUUCUUUCUCACACAGUCUUAUGGAAUAUUUAGCAUUGAGACCAACACUGGUGAACUUUCAGUUCUACCAAACCAGACACUCAAGGCAAAUUUUACUUACAAUGUUAACAUUGUGGUCAGUGAUCAUGGCAGUCCUCCGCUGAUGAGUCAAGACAACAUAAACAUUUUUGUCAUUGCUGCAAACAAUUUCCCUCCUUUGUUUUCUAACAAGACUGCUACAGUUAAUAUUGAAGAACAUUUGUUUCCCCAUUCUGUAUAUAAUAUGACAGCUACAGAUGGGGACAUUGGAAAAGAAGGGGGAAUACGGUACAAAUUGGUUGAAGGGGAUUCAGCUUUUAAAAUUAACCAAUUAACAGGGGAGAUUACUCUAAAUACAUUACUGAUAUGUGAUAGACCUAACAAGUUUUACACACUGAAAGUAGAAGCUAAGGACCAAGGCUUUAACCCAAUGUCUUCUACAGGGACUGUUACAGUGAAUGUUAUCAAUGUCAAUGACAAGCCAGAGUUUAUAGACAUUGACUACAAUAUCUGUGUCAAUCCUCCCAUAGAGGUUAACACCAGAAUUGCUCAAGUUAUUGCUAAAGAUACUGAUUCAAUGUGCACAGGAAAUAAAACAGAUGAUCAAAUUACAUACAGCUUAAUAGAUCCUACAAAGAACUUCAAGAUUAAUGACCAAGGAGAAAUAAUGGCUGCACAGAAUAUUACUUCUCAAAGUUUUAUCUAUAGUCUGGAAAUUGUAGCUACUGAUGUCCAUGGACUCAACAACAGCAAAACUUAUAAUAUUUCAUCUGGCCAAAAGGGGGAACCUGUGAUUAAACCUAAAGUCACUGAAGUCAGGAUAUUUGAAAAUCACACCAUCAACACAGCUGUAACAAAGAUCAGUGCAACUGGUGAUGGUGAAAUCUCGUAUAACAUCACCAAAACAUCAAAACUGAGAGAUGCCUUCAGUAUAGAUCCUAAAACUGGAGAAAUCAGUUUAAUACGUGAACUGGAUAGAGAAAGGGAUGGAAACCUUGUAGAAAUGAUUAUAGAAGCUUCAAAUAAGAAUGGAAGUUGCACCUCUCAGGUUAUUAUUCAUAUUGAGGAUGUCAACAAUAAGUCUCCAUAUUUUGUGGAUAUUCCAUACAAUCUUCAGAUUCAAGAAAAUUCUCCAGGAACAGACCAGUGUAUAUUAAAUAUUUCUGCAGGGGAUCCAGAUUUAAAUAACCAGCUAACGUUUAGUAUAGUAAAUGCCACUCUGGAUGUGUUUAACAUAUCAACUAUAGAUGGUGAACCAAAUCAAGCCUGUCUUCAAAUAAAAAGAGCACUGGAUGCAGAGACUGACCCUAAUGAUAUUAGCCUAUGGGUGAAGGUCAAUGAUGGCAUUCAUUCCAACGAUACAGAGGUGAAGGUCACAGUGCUGGAUAUAAAUGACAACUGGCCCAAGUUCAACAAAAGUUACUCUUUCAAUGUUUCUGAGGAUGUUUCAUUGGGAAGACUAAAAUCUGACAUCAUUUCUGCAUAUGAUAGGGAUGGACUGGACAAAAACAAAUUGAGAUAUGCUAUUAUAUCUAAUGAUAGUGAGAGUUUGCACUUUGGGCUGGAUCCACAGUCUGGUGUUCUCAGUGUUGUACACAAGUUGGAUAGGGAAACCAAGGAAGCCUAUUCUUUAGAUGUGACUGUUCACGACAGUUGGAAAAACCACACGGUAUCUACCUUUGUGAAUAUAACAGUACUUGAUAUCAAUGAUAAUACACCAACAUUUGUGAACAAAACCAUGACAAAUUCUGUUCUUGAGGGAAGUGAUAGCAAACAAUUGACAAUACCACUGACUGUUACUGACCCAGACUCGGGAGAAAAUGGAACUGUGACCUUUACUUUGGUAGAUAACUAUGAUGGACACUUUAAACUGGAGAAUGAGUCCAGUCACACUGCCAAAAUUACUGUUGUAAAAGAGCUGGAUCGUGAGGCUAAGGGUAUCCUUAUCACGUCUAAUGGAAGUGCCCUGUAUACAUUAGAAGUUGUGGCAGCUGACCAAGGGAAACCUUCUCUAUCAUCGACAGGUACAGUACAGAUAUAUGUAACUGACAUCAAUGACUGUACCCCUGAGUUUGAAAAAACAAACAUGGGGGCAGAGGUAAUGGAGGGCAGCAAAGAGGGGUUCUCUGUGUACCGCGUCACAGCCACCGAUUGUGAUUACAACCCAGAGUAUAAAAACCUAACCUACAAUAUAUCAGGUGCUGAUCAAGAAUACUUCAGUAUUGAGAAAGACGUAUAUGGAGACUUCCAAGUUGGGGUUAUAAAACUGAAGAAGCAGAUUAGUAUUGACAUUAAGGAGACGUAUGUAAUUAACAUCAAUGUAACAGACGGAGUAAACAGCAAUCAGACGUCAUUGACUAUCACUGUAGUGGAUGUAAAUGACCAUGAUCCAGAGUUUUCAGAAUCACUGUACAACUUCUCAACCCCAGAAACUGACGACCAACCUCAGGGGGACCAUCUCAGAGUUAAAGUUGGUCAAGUCAAUGCAACAGACAGGGACCCAUAUAAAAAUGGAGAAAUCUCCUACAGAAUUGUUACAUCUGAUGUGGAGAACCUCUUCAAUAUAACACAGGACGGGGAAGUCUUUCUGAUUGGUGAGGUGGAUAGAGACCAGUGCACCAAUCACAAAUACACCUUUACCGUGAUAGCUGAGGAUGAAGGUUCUCCCAAACGAACGGGUUUUACGGAAGUUGUGGUGAACAUUACUGAUGUAAAUGAUAAUUCUCCUGUGUUUAAGAAGACAAAUUACACAGGGUCCGUAAAGGAAAACUCACCUAAUGGAAGCAGUGUCUUGUUUAAUCCACCUAUUUCUGCUGAGGAUGAAGAUGAGUCAAUAAACGGGACUGUUGGAAUUCGCUUCUUCAUCACGAGAUCUGAUGCUGCUGAGUUACCAUUUACCAUUGAUAAAACAACAGGAAGAAUUCUGGUGAAUAACUCAGCAAUACUUGACAGGGAAACAAAAUCUAACUACACAAUCCUGGUGGAGGCCAGGGAUAGAGAAGGAGGUCAUGGCUGUCGUUCAAACACCACAAACGUGAAAGUCAAUGUAUUGGAUGCCAAUGAUAACCUACCCCAGUUCACCAAUACAAGUUACAGUUUCAGUGUACUGGAGGAUGCGUUGUAUGGGGAAUUAGUGGGCAGUGUUACAGCCCAGGACCCUGACUUAAAUUCUGUACUUACCUACUACAUAACCUCAGGAGGAGAUGGACAUUUCUCUAUCAAUGACAAAACUUCUGGAAACAUAACUGUCAGCAAAAAUUUGGACCGUGAGAAAAAAGCCAAUUACAGCUUGGUUGUAAGAGUGACUGAUGAAAAACAUCACAGGAAUGUAACUGUUUUAAUUAUCCUGGAGGAUGUAAAUGACAACUCUCCUGUGUUUUCCUCCUCUCUGCUCAGGGUCAGUGAAACAGAAGAAAGAAAUGUCUCCUACCCAAAACAAAUUUUUACUCUCAAAGCCACCGAUGCUGAUGAAGGGUUGAAUGCAGAAAUAAAGUAUUUCUUGAAUACAUCAGCUUUAGUUCCAGCUUCAAACAUAACCAAACUCUUCUUUCUAAAUGAAACUGGUGAAUUGUUCCUACGUAGAAAGUUGAACAGGGAGGAAAAGGAUAAAUAUCCAUUGUCAGUGUAUGCAAUGGAUGGCGGGAAUCGUACUACACCUGCCACAGUGGAGGUGUUGGUACUUGACAUUAAUGAUAAUGACCCCGUCUUCUACAACCAUGACCACGGAGUCAUCACGAACUAUUCUGCCAGCGUGCUGGAGAUGUCCCCCGUCAACUCCAUCAUAUACCUCCCUGUGUGUCGAGAUAAAGACGCGGGGGAGAACGGUACUAUAUCAUUUAGUUUAAGAAGUCAGAUCCCCAGUGUUAAUGACCUUUUGGCAAUAGAUCCAGUUUUGGGGACCGUGUCCAUCAAAAGUCCAAUAUCAGUGAACAGCCUGAUACACAUUACAAAUGGAACGGACCAGAACAGCCUGAUACACAUUACAAAUGGAACGGACCAGACCGUCUUCCUCACUUACAUUAUAACAGCCACAGAUGGAGGAUCUCUACCUCAUUCUACCAACUUCACCCUGGAGCUUGUCGUGAAAAAUAUCAAUGACAAUGCUCCUGUGUUUGAGAAGCCUCGCUACAACUUCUCCAUUCCAGAAAAUGCAACAGCUAAUACUGCUGUGGGUGAAAUAAAAGCGUUUGUUGUCAAUGAGACUUUCCAUCAUCUGACCUACUCCAUGAUUGAACAAGCUGAUGCCUCUUCUAACUUCACCGUCACCUCAGAAGGAAAGGUUUUUACCAAGAGAGUCUUGGAUCGUGAAACUAAAGGUCAGGUGACAUUUGCUGCUAGAGUAGUGGAUGGAAGGGUGCCUGAGAGGACAGCCUUUACUGUGGUAGCCAUAACUCUGGAAGAUGUAAAUGAUAACAGUCCAAGUUUUGAGAAGUCAGACUACCAGUAUACAGUGACAGAGAAUGAUGUCAACCCACCCCCUCUCAUUGUAACAGCCAGUGACAGAGACGAGGGGGAAAAUGCUCAGCUGACAUACUCGCUUAUAGGUGAUACAGGUGGGAAGUUUGUACUGAAUGGAACAACAGGGACACUGGGGGUGAAUGGUUCACUGGACAGAGAGGUGGAACCUUACUAUUACUUACAAAUCAGGGCUUUAGAUAAAGGAUAUCCUCAGCUUUCUUCUGUUGUCAAUGUCACAGUCAGAGUUAGUGAUGUUAAUGACCAUUCACCAAAAUUUAAUUCAUCACAACUCACAAGAAACAUUUCAGAAAACCUUUCAGGGAUCCAGACAAUAGCUACUGUAAGAGCAGAUGAUCCAGAUGCUGGAUUGAAUGGGACCGUUGUUUAUGAGUUGGAGGAUGAUCAUGGGCUGUUCCAGAUUGACUCACUUAAUGGUAUGGUGUUCUGUACAAGGCCGCUGGAUUAUGAGGAGCAGGCUGUGUACAACCUGACAAUCAUAGCUACAGACAUGGGGUCCCCGCCUCAUAGCUCCCAUACCAACCUAGUCCUGUAUGUCACUAAUGUCCCAGACAACAGGCCAACAUUUAGCAACACCCUGUACAAAGUCAAUGCCAGCAUCUCAGAUAGUGUGGGGAAGUCUCUACUGAACCUCACAGCGGGGGACAGGACCAGUUACACAAUCACAGGGGGUAACCAAGAGAAGAGAUUUAGUUUGAAUAAGGAUACUGGAGAGGUCAAAGUUCAGCGAAGUUUGGCUCAUGGUCAGGCUGAGUACUUAUUAUCAGUGGAGGCCAAGGACACAGACUCUAAUUUAACAGCUACAACAAAGGUCUUAGUAAAUGUUGUGGACUUAGCCACAUUGAGUUCAUCCGUUCCCCAUUACACAGCCUCCCUGAUGGAGAACAGUAAGGAGACUGUUGUGGUGUUUAACCUCACGAGUCGGGACCAGUACGGGGCGGGACUUGAGUACAGGAUUGUCAGGACCGACCCACCAGUGGCUAUUGGAUAUUUCUACGUUACUUCUGGUCAGGUGUAUUGUAAUCAGUCUGUAGAUAGAGAAACUAUAAGUCUCAUCACACUCCACAUAGAAUCAACAGAGAUACAGUUAUCUCAAGGACGGAAAAAGAGAAGUGCUAGAUCAGGGGACAUAAUUUUGGAGGUCAAUAUAGGAGAUGAGAAUGACAACCCUCCUUCCUUUUCUGCGGCUAAUGUAACAGAUUCCCUGGUGUUUGGAGUGCCCUCAGGGGCGCAACCUGGAGAUCUGGUGGGAGUAAUAAAGGCUGUUGACCCAGAUUCUGUCAGUGCUGGGAGGGUGAGGUACAACAUUUCUGGGGGAGAUCUGUCUCAGUUCUAUGUGUACCCUACCACGGGGCAGAUAGUGGUACGCCAGGCACUGUACCGGGACCCCCGUAAUGAGUAUACACUGAUGGUGACCGCUACAGACGAGGACGGGAAGAAUGACACAGCCAAUGUCACGGUAUUGGUGGUGCCCAGUUCCAGCUCAGUGAUCCUGACUGUACCAUUUGCUAAUGAUCAGAUGAUGUCACACAAGCAAAACCUAGCACAGAACUUGAGUGAAUUGAUUGGAUAUAAAUGUGAAUUUGAAAAAACUACAACACACACUGAAAACAACCGAAUUGAACCAUGCAGAACUGAUGUGAUUCUUCAUUGUAUUGAUCCAGCUAAGAAUUUUGUGGUUCCGAAAUAUCUUGUUCAGGGAAUCAUUCAGAACAAAAGUCAAGAAGUAACAGCCUUAUUUUGUCGGGCCCUCGUUGACCCCUCACCCUGUGGAGGUUGUGAUGAUGUCACAGUUCAGAGAAUCCCACUCAAACACUCCUCAAAGAUUUCUACCACCGAAAUCGCACUGAUUGUGAUAGGAGCCCUUAUCCUCAUAGGGGGAUCUGUCGCAAUCGCUCUAAUUCUAGCUUCUCCACAAAAAGAUGAUGAGGAUAAGAGUGACAAGCAGCCUCAAAAUAAUGUUGACAUGUGGGAAUUGGAGAGUAUGGCCACUGCCAGUCUGAGUAAGGCUACAGGAGCAGCAGCCGGAGUUGUCAACCCAAUGUUUACCUCACAGGAAGUGGAAAACACCCAGACUUCUCCGACAGCUGAGGCUGAGGUUGAAGAACAGAGCAACUCAGAAAAAAAUACGACCCGGAAGAGAGCAACUUCCUACGAAUCUCAGGAAGUAAUUCUGGAUUUCCAGGAAGACGUAAUUGACGAUGACGGCAACCACCAAAUUAACCACAGUAAUGCUGACAGCGGAGUGGAGAACGAGUCUGACUCCAGCCACUCAGGUUCCAUACAGACAGUGAACGAGAUGGAGGCCUCGGGAAGACCAUCAGAGGGCUCAGAGGGAGGAGCUGAGGGAGGGAUCGAGAUAAAGGGGAAUUCCUACGAGACAAACUCACCAGGACAUGAGAGAAAGAGCAUUUUUAUCGCCAUGGAGACAGGGGACACGACUGAUGAUGAGAUAAGCUAUGAUGGGUCCAUUGCCUCUGGAGGUGAUCAAGAGAUGAAUGAGGAGGAUUCCAUGGAUGGGGGAGUCGGGGUGGAGGAGACAGAAGAAUCAAUCAAUCAGGCAUGUGAUGAAACAGGAGAACUGAGUAAACCCUCGUCUGGGGUCAAAUCUGUCACAUUCAAACCAGGUCCCCCGGUGGUGGAGGAAUAUGAGGCUCUGGAGGAUGAGGUGACUUGUCUGUAGACAAUGAAUCACUAUAAACAGCCCAGUGCAACAUGUGCCAUGCACCACCAUAAACAGCCCUGUGCAAUAUGUGCCAUGCACCAUAAACAGCCCAGUGCAAUAUGUAUUAUUUAUAAUGAUUGUACAGUGAAAUUUUAGGUUGUGAAUUGAUGUACAUAUAAUCUUAGAUUACCUUUUUUAUGCCCCAUUAUCAUCUGCCUGUCUAGCAGCAAAAAUAUGUUAUAAAUGUUACCUAUUGAAUGGUUCAUAGUCCCAAGGCUUCUUGUUUCACAGAUAUGUGUUUCAUGAGAAACCUUUCUUUGGUUACCAAUGCUUUAACCCUGUAUUUCCUGUGACUAGACUUUUCUUUGGAUACCGUUUUUAUUUACUUGCAGUUGACAAUUUUCAUGUUAUUUUGAAAAAUUUUGACCUUGGUUAUGUGCUGCUGUAUGAGGACAUAGGUGUUACACAAACACGUGUGGUUUCAUUUCAAGAUAUAUUUUUAUUUCCAAUUGCUGUGAACAAACUUUAAUGGUUAUAAGUUGUAUAUAUAUUUUCGAAUUGCUCAAUAUUUUUUUUUUUUUUGUAAAUUAAUGUAAUAAAAUAUUAUUAUAUUUGUUGUGAUCAAUUUUGACAUUUUUAUCCCUGUAUAUAGCAUUUAAAGUACAUGUACUAUGAUUUUCUACACAUGAACUAAAAUACUCAAUCCAUCUUCAUGUAUAGAUGCGUUACUAUCAGUUUUAUUUUAGGUGUCAAGCAACAGCUCAAUAAUGUAGGAUGUAUUGUGUAUAUAGCAUUGUCCUCAAAUGUGAUAAGUUUAUGAAAAUUGAUGGAUUUGUGUGUAAAGAAAUUGUUAGAGCUGAAAAGGAUCAUUGAAAAGUAAACACAUGAGUCACAUAAAUGUA